AUGAAGAACUCAUUGAUAGGGGAUUUUAAUGCAACCAUAUAUCAAGAUGAAAGACUUGGAGACAAGGUGAGAUCCUUUUGUUCAUCAGCUUUCAAUGAUUGUUUGCAUGAUUGUGAGAUAGCUGAUUUACCUUAUCAUGGCUGCUUCUACACUUGGAGUAACAAGCAGGACCCUCCAAAUCGGAUUGUUGCGAAAUUGGAUAGAGUACUCGGGAAUCAAUCUUGGUUGGACUGUUUCAACAACACUGCUAUAUACUUCAUGCCAGAGGGCCUUUUUGACCAUUCUCUGGCUAUUUUAUCUUUAAGUGUGAACAUAAAUUUGGGGAAAAAACCUUUUCGCUAUUUUAAAACGUGGCAAAGGUUUACAGGAUAUCAAAAGUGUGUUACUCCAGCUUGGAAUCAGCAGAUAGAUGGCUCGCCAAUGUAUAGAGUCGUUUCGAAACUUAAGAGAGUUAAGGAAAAUUUGAAAAUUUUGAAUCACUCUGUUAUAGGGGAUAUUGGAGCUGCUUAUUCUCAGGAGGAGGCGGAUUACAGGAAAAGUCAUGAAAGGCUUCAAGAGGCUUAUUAUGAGUUUCUUAGGCAAAAGGCAAAAAUGACUUGGCUUCAUCUUGGGGAAGCAAAUACUCAUGUGUUUCAUAGGAGUAUUCGUAUGAGAAGAUUGAGGAAUUCUGUGUUGGCAGUCCGUGAUGAAAAAGGGCAGUGGCAAGAUUCUCAACCAGAAGUUCAAAAAGCUUUUCUUGAUUAUUUUCAACAUCUUUUGGGGUAUAAAAAGCUUGGUUGA